UAAUUAUGUUUUUAUCAGCCUUUUUAAUAUAAAGCACAUAAUCUUCUUUCAGGUUGUCUAUGUAUUGUACGGGGGGCUGCCAACAUGGAAUCAUUUACUGGGCUAUGCCUUGAAUGGGUACCUUUCAUUGUGCGGCAAUAUAAAUACUGUGACGCAUCUCCGCUGCACAUCAACCAUCGAACACGCUUUCCAGGAUCGUGGUCAGCAUCAAAGUCAACCGCAGCAACAGAGAUCAUCAUGGACAGCUCAUCCUCAUCUCCUAUGCGCCCAGUCCAGGCAGACACGACUGCCGCCUUUCCAUCACAAUCACAUUCACAAUCCUCAUCGGCUGCAACACCAGGACCCAAAAAGCGCAAGAAUGCUGCCGUUGUCCCCUCAUUGCCCAAACCCAAGAAACAGAAGCUGCCUCGCAAUCUAGACAGCAUCCCAGCACGGAAUCAGCUACCCAACGUGCCCAGUACUGGCGGAAUUAAUAAAGCUGGGCAACGCAUGGUCAAAGGGCCCUACAAGAAGCGAGAGAAAAAGGACAAGGACGGUAAAAAGGUUCCUGGGACCCCCACGGCCACCUCUGCGCCCGGGACACCCGGAGCAGGACCAAGCGCAACUUCAACUGUGGGAGGAAGAAAAGGGAAGGCAGGAAAAUCAAAUAAUGGCAGUACGUCCUCCAAUCUCAUUCCUGGCAGUGAUCCCUCCAGCGCUCGCGCAGACGCAAUUGUACCAUCUGGAUCGACUCUGGCGCAUGGCGUCAAGGAUGAGGACGGAGAAGACAAUGAGCGGAGGCCAGUAACCCAGACGGGCGAAGUAGGGGAUGCAAACGGUGGGGCAGAAGGGGGGGAAACUGGUGCGGAUGGCAAGGAUGAGGACGAUGACGAGCACGAGGAAGAGCCAGAGUACACAGAGUAUGAGUGGAACCAGGAAGCAACAUCGAGAGGCAGAAGCAAAGAGGAACUCAAGGCGCUGCUGGAUCGUUUUUCCGACGAGCAGCUGCAGCGGUACGAAGUAUACCGCAGAUCUGUUCUCAGCCGAUCGACUGUCAAGAAGCUUGUUGGCACAAUUCUCAAUCAGCAAGUGACACAAACGAUGGCGUUUGUCGUAGCAGGGUUCUGCAAAGUAUUUGUGGGUCAAAUGGUCGAGAAGGCGCGAGAGGUCAUGGAGGAUUGGGGCGAGACUGGGCCCAUCCGUCCGGAGCACCUGCGUGAGGCCCAGCGACGGUACAAGAAGGAGGAACUGCAGCGUGGCCAGGGUGUGCAGACACCAUAUGGAUACAAGCGGCGUUUGUUCUGCCGAUAAGAGAUUUCGUCGAUGUAGACCGCAGGUUGCAGUCGUGCCAAUAAAGCUCCUUUUUCCAAUGA